UGUAGUAUCUUCCUCUGAGCGGCAGUAACAUUGUGAGGGGAGGGAAAUGUGGGAACAGAGAAAAGCAGAAGCUUUUGUUUCUCUUUGCAGUCGCAACUCUUGAGAGGUGUGUUUCCUGCUCUGCUCUAGUUCGGAGAGUUAAUCAGAUAGAGAGCGGGGCUUAUACUUGUAUAAAUAUAAUUUGUGUGAGAAAUGCAGCAGCACCUGAUGCAGAUGCAACCCAUGAUGGCGUCCUACUACCCCAACAACGUCACCACUGAUCACAUUCAACAGUACCUGGACGAAAACAAGUCCUUGAUUCUGAAGAUUGUUGAGAGCCAGAACUCCGGGAAGUUGAGCGAGUGUGCGGAGAACCAAGCAAGGCUUCAGCGAAACCUCAUGUACCUGGCUGCAAUAGCGGAUUCUCAGCCCCAACCACUUGCCAUGCCUGGUCAGUAUUCUGGUAGCGGGAUUGCUCAACAAGGAGCACAGGACCUUCAGGGUCAACAGAUGACACAGCAGCAACUUAUGGCUGCACGCUCUUCACUUUUGUACGCUCAACAGCCUUUCUCGCCACUUCCACAGCACCAACCCUUCCACACUCAGCUAGGAAUCAGUUCCGGUGCUUCAGCUCCACCGCCUCCAUUUCACUUGCUCAACACUGAACCCGCUCACGUGGGACCCGGCUUCCCUGACUUUGGUGAAGCAAGAAACCGGGCUAAGCAAGAAACCGGGAGCUCAGCCGAAGCCGGUGGGGGAAGCUCCGGUGAAGCCCUCUACCUCAAACCUGCUGAUGAUUGAACAACGGAGUUAGCUGCUAGGGGGGAUGCCUGUCUGUCUCAGGAUACGGCUGAUCAUCGGACCUCGCUUGAUGCGUCUUCUUCGUGGUGUAAAUUUGGGUCCUCUAAGCAUAAGCUUCUAUAAUUUCCCUCCUGUCUUGCGAUAGUGUUUUUUUUCCCCCUGACCUAGUCCUGCCCGUUGAGAUGAGAUCUUUGGUCUCACAAAAAUGGAGUGUUUAGAACAUGGUGGUUCGAUUUUUAAAAGAAGUUAUCGAACAUCUUUAGAUUGAUGUAGAGAAAAUUACGCUAAUGGGCUGAGAAGAUGCAGAGCAUUUGAGAAACUUUCCAAGGAGCAGACACUGGAAGAUCUUGCAAACACGCAUACGAUAAUUAGUGGCAAAGACCAUGCAGUCGCAUUGAAGGAUUAAGACUUCAAAACUAAGAUUCCAAAGUGUUAAAUUACUUUCCCUUUUUGGGCCUCUAGUGAAAUGAA